GAGGAGCUUCAGGCGAAGGCCACGUGGUUGGUCCCGCGGGUUUGCACUUUGGGCCCAUGGCUUCGGCCUCUGCUGCUCCCUCCUCUUCAAGCCAGAGGUCCGGGAACCUGCUGCGGUUCCUGAAGCUGGUGGGGCAGCUCAAGAGAGUUCCACGGACUGGCUGGGUAUACCAAAAUGUUGAAAGUCCAGAAAGUGUGUCAGAUCACAUGUACCGGAUGGCAAUUAUGGCUCUGGUAACCAAAGAUGACAAACUUAAUAAAGAUCGAUGUGUACGUCUAGCCCUGGUUCACGACAUGGCAGAAUGCAUCGUUGGGGACAUAGCACCAGCAGAUAACAUCCCCAAAGAAGAAAAACAUAGGCGAGAAGAGGAAGCAAUGAAGCAGCUAACCCAGCUUCUACCAGAGGAUCUCAGAAAGGAGCUUUAUGAACUUUGGGAUGAGUAUGAGACCCAAUCUAGCGCAGAAGCCAGAUUUGUGAAGCAGCUGGACCAAUGUGAGAUGAUUCUUCAGGCAUCAGAAUAUGAAAAUCUUGAGAACAAACCGGGGAGGCUGCAGGACUUCUAUGAUUCUACUGCAGGGAAAUUCAGCCAUCCUAUGAUAGUCCAGCUUGUUUCUGAACUUGAAGCAGAAAGAAAUGCCAGCAUAGCUGCUGUUAGUGGUGGAUCCCACUCCUAAGAUGUUCUCCAUGUUGCUGUAGUUCUGUAGAAGUAAUUUAUUAAUUUUUUUUUUGUUUUAUGGCAUUGUAUGUUGCCACUCCUAUUGUGUUUUGUUUUAUGAUAUGGUAUGUUGCUACCCAUGGUCUCUGACUUCCCCAGAUGAUAUCCUGUUUAUUUUGGAUUACUUGUUGACAGCAAGAAAUGUGAUGCAAUUUGAGAAAUAAACAAAACUAUGAACAAGGUGAGGUCUGAAAAUGCCAGGAAUGUGAUUUGAUGGGAUUGGACUGGAGUUCAUUUUUUGUGAACUAAAUAAUGUUUUUAAAAAAUCCAAAAUCUGAAAAUAUUUUUAGAGACAUUAAAUUAUGACAUUGUAAAUGAAUGACUAUUUCUCCGAAGCCCAGUUUUACUAAAUAAUAAAAACAAAACUUAAGUAUGAUUUUUUUUUUCCCUCCAGGUUUAUUGUUGGGGCUAGGUGUCAGCACUAUGAAUCCACUGCUCAAGGUGGCCAUUUUUCCUUUCUCUCUUUCUUUCUUUCUCUCUCUCUUUCUUUCUUUCUUUCUUUCUUUCUUUCUUUCUUUCUUUCUUUCUUCUGUUUAUUUGACAGGACAGAGAGGAGUUGAGAGGAGAGAGGGAGCUAGGGAUGGAGAGAGAAGAUAGAUACCUGCAGACCUGUUUUGCAGCUUGUGAAGUCUUCUCUCUGCAGGUGGGGAGCAGGAGAUUGAACCUGGGUCCUUGAGCAUAAUAUUGUGUAUGUUUAACCAGGCACACUACCUUCUGGCCCCUGACUAAUUUUAAGAAGAGAGUCUUCAUUUGACUUUGUGGUAAGACUUCAGGGGGAUAAAUAUUAUAAUGCAUUCUCUCCUUUAUUUAAAUUAUUACUGUCUAGAACCAAAUAUUUAUCAUGAGUAUAUCAAAUCUAAUUUCUUCCCUUCAUUUCCCUCUAUACAAUAAAUAAUCUGCCCAUUUUGCCAUUAAAUUAAAUAUUAAAAGAAGGGAAGCCAUUCGUGCAAACCUAUCCAGAGUUUUGGUGUAGAAAUAAGAUGCCUGCCUCUUUAAUUCAAAUAUCAGUUUCUAUUUGAAGAAGAACUUUUAGGCUGACAUAGUGAGAAUUCUCCCAAGUGUUUCUUUGGAAACACUUAGCAGUAUCUGUGGAUACUCAAUCUACAGGAAACAAGGUGCAUGAUCUUUUCAGAAGCAAUACAUGUUUACAUACAACUGCUAACUGAAAAGAGCAGUGUUCCUCUUCACUGAAGUAUUGUUCCAUCAAAGUAUAAAACAUUGUAAAAGCAGUAAGUGAUUAAAAGACCAACAAAGUCUGACGAUUAUUGAAGAUAUUAUUAUAUAAGGAGUUGUUGAAGAUAUUAUUAAUAAUAAGGAGAACAACUCCUUCUAUUAAUAGUUUGUCCCCUCUCCCUCCCCAACCCAGACUUGAGAAUAAGAACACAAAAUAAUCUGGUAUGAAAGUUAAAUAUUUAUAGCCAGAAGAUUUAUACAGCUCUGAAAUUUUAUUUGAGAGUAUUUUGCUUGCUGUCAUUUUCAUAAAUUACAAACUGUGUAAGUGUCUGUGGGUUUAACUUAAUACUUGUCACAUAAUCAUUAUUUUAUUUUGCCAAGUGAGUUUUUACAUUUCAACCUCAACUUUCCUUACUACUGAUUGUAAUAUUUAAAAACAGAAAUUAAUUUGUACUACAAAUACUAAUAAAAGGUAGCUGUUUGUUGUUGAGCGCAGGCCACGGAGAAGAGAGAGAGGAGGGGUCCAGAGCGAAGAGGAAACACAAAUCUUUAUUUGCGCUGGCACCUCAGAGUUGGGUGCUAGAGAAGCAGGUUGGGCCACGUGGAGGUAGCGAAAAUGGCUGCCUCACGCAGUAACCUUUCCUGCAUCUGAACACCGGAGUGAAGCGCUGGCAGAGAGCGAGGUGCUGAAAACGAAGGGUUUUUAUAGGAGUAGCUUUCACGAGAAUGGGAAGUGGGAGGAGUAACCAUAGCACUCCAGGAUAGGAUGAUAACUCUGGUGAGAAUGGGAGGGGGGAGGAGUAACCGAAGCACUCCAAAUAUCGUGGGGAUAUAGACAAUGUCCUGAGGGCAUAACAUGGCGGAACAGGCACUCCCAGAAUGUCCCAACUCUCACGGGAACUAGUAGCCUGAGGGGAAAACAUGGCAGAUGUGAAUGCAUCUGCACAAUUUCCCAGCAGCUGUUAAACUCAUCAAAGUCUACAAAUACUUGAACUUUAUCUCUUAAAAAUUGUUUUUUCAGGCAGAGGGUAGAUAGCAUAAUUUUUAUGCAAACAGACUCUCAUGCUUGAAGCUCCAAAGUCCCAGAUUCAAUCCCCUGCACCAUCAUAAGCCAGAGCUGAACAGUGCUCUGGUUAAAAAAAAUAAUAAUAAAUGAAUUGUUUUUUCUCGGAAGAUAUCUGUUACUUGGCUGGGACUGAUCUUCUGAACAACACUAUGAUUAUGAUGCAUGUGAUACAGAGAAAAUAAUUACUCUUGUAUUGAACUCAAUAGAAAAUAAGUCCUUGUUAUGUUUUCUUUUGUGGAUUGACAUUUCACUAGCUGUUUCAUUAUUCUUUGUGUUAAUUUCUACAUACAUAUCCUGGGAUAGAUAACUGAUGAAAUACCUCUUAGAAAAGGAUCCUCUUUACCUAGAGUUUCUGUUCAAGUGGAUUAACCAAUCUUUAUAUUUAAAGUGAAAUCAAAGGCUACUUUUGCAGAAGAAAUUGUAUUUUGGGUUUGCUUUGAUAUGUACAUAUAUAAAGAAUAUAUGCAUAUAGUCUUCAUUGUAGUAAUUAAAAUUCAAGUAAAAAAUUUUCCAUUC